AUGACCAUGUCGUCGUUCCUCAGCAACACUCCGUCGCCCCCGGGCCUUGAAUCCCCUCAACAGCAACCAAUCGACCCCAAACAGCCAGGGCCAGCUGAAACCACACAGUCCCCAGUCUCCAGCGCCCAGGCCAACGAUCGAUUCGCGUGGAUACAGCACUGGAGGCGAACUCACGGAUCAUCGGCGUGCCAUCAGUUCCACACUCAAGCUAGAUGGGAGCAAGACAAGCUCGAACACCAGAGAAGUUAUAUGGGCCGCCGAAGACAGACGCAGCCAUGGGAUGACUCUUUCAAUAUUCGGGGUAACGCCUACAACAACGUUCGAAACAGUUGGAUAGAACAGGGCAUCUGGAGGAAAGUAUGGGAUGAACCCUGGGCUAAGGAAAGAGAUGUCGGAUUGUUCGAUCAAUCCCCUCACUCCCUCAAACCGGAACCGACUAAAUCGCAGCCAGGCUCUCGAUGGGGCCAUGAGGAUGGAGGUCCGCCGCCAGACAAAGAGUUCGAGCGCGACCCUUAUCGAACUAUUUAUGCUCCUAGGGCUAGGCUGGGAGGAAUGUCUCUAGAUGAAAAAUGGUAUGUCGAAGGAUCCAUACCGGGCCCCGAUUUCCCGGUUCCGAAGCCCAGGGCUCGCAAUUCUGAAGCAUCUCGUCCCUACCGCCAGUUCUUGUAUCAGAUUGCCAAGGAGCGUGAGUGGAUAAAAGAUGAGAUGGACUUUCACCGUGCGUUUCGCCCAUACAACCUCGAUCUCGAUUCCAUGGCCUACAAAACUGUCAAGCACAACUGGAUCUGGGGUCGCAUCUGGAAACCCGAGUGGGACAAGCUACCGGGGAGUACUUGGGCUCAUGAAGAUCCCCUCCAAGAACAGGAUAGAGAGGGGCCCGUUGGCACUGUUGAUAAGUCGAGUGAACAGCCGAGCACUGUCAUUCAUCGCCCGUACAAACGGGUGAGCGAGAUCGUUGAUGACUGCGCGAAAAUUCCACUCUCACAACGACGUGAUCCCUUUACUCAGGAAUUGCUAUAUCCUGAAGUCAUACCAGGCUCCUCCGACGACGUAAUUGAAGCUAUCCCAGGCGGGGCUAUCUCAGGCCAAGCCCUCGAUUUCACGUACCAGCCCGCCAUCGCUGACGGCACAAACAACCUGGACCAGGCUUCUAAGGACCAAAAGGGAACCACCAAUUCGCCGCAGGGGGAGACUCGUGGCAGCGAAGAUGGAUCCCUGUUUGGCCCAACUCUUCGCCCCCAGGUGCAAAUCCAACCCCCUGGAAGCCAUGGCGAGUCAUCUAAGAGUGGCGGGAAACAGAAACGCGCCAGAAGGCAAAGCGAUGAACUUGACGAGCAGCCUCCAAAACGGCCGAAGCAUACCCAUCAACACUCUGUUCCCUCUUCCCGGGAAGUGCCAGGUCCUGCUGGUACGGACAAUGAAGCACUUACCCCGAGAGACGUCAUCACAAAGGGUAAGCAGGUAGCCGAAGGGGAAGCUUUGGGAGCUGUCUCCAACCCGCGACGACCUAGCCCUGGGAUUACAGAAGGGGGAGGACAACGGGCUUCCACAGCUGCGGCAGAACAGCAAGGGGGUGAAUGGAGCUUUGGGCCGCCGAGACCUGGAAAGCGAAGCCGGCCAAGACAAGCCGAUCAGAAUGACACUCCGAGAAUUGCAAAGAGACAGAAGAAGAAUGGCAAGCAUGGUCGAGACACAGAGCGCAGUCUACCUAGGAGCCCCCAGUCAUCUAACACCACUCUACAGACCUUUUACGACUUCAACGAUGGGUAUGGUUAA